AUGUCUGGAGUAGUGAAGCAAGCACAAACGACCAUCUCGCAGAACCUGGGAGGUCUUGGGCAGAAGAUUGCGCCUGAUGGUGCGAAGUUCAGCCUCGACGAUGUGCCGGACCAGUCUGGCAAGGUCGCGGUCAUUACUGGAGGCAGUGAGGGCAUAGGAUACGGCGCGACGUGGACACUGCUGUCGAAGAACAUUUCGAAGGUCUUCAUCCUGAGCGUCAACGAGGACACAGUCAAGUCCUGCAAGCAGACGAUUCAGGAAGACAUGGAUGAGGACAUGGUCAACCGCACCGUCUGGAUCCGAUGCGAUCUGUCCGACUGGAAGCGAGUCACCGAAGCCGCCAGCGAGAUCAGAAAACAAACCGACCGCAUCGACAUCCUCAUCAACAACAGCGCACGAGGCAUCAUGACAUACCAGCUCACCGACAUGGGCAUCGACCGCCACAUGGCCGUAAACCACUUCGGUCACGUCAUCCUCACCUCCCACCUCUUGCCCCUCCUCAAGCAAACCGCCAGCCAAGGCCACAAAGUCCGCAUCUCGAACCAAGCAUCCAACGCGCACGAGAUGGCGCCCAAAGACACCGCAUUCGCUUCCGUCGACGAGCUCAACCAAGACCUCGGCCCCAUGCCGCAGUACGGUCGCGCCAAACUCGCCAACAUCCUCUACUCCCGCUACCUCGCGCGCCACCUCACCUCCUCCCACCCCAACAUCCUGAUCAACGCCACCCACCCCGGCGUCGUCGAGACGAAAAUGAGCAAGCAAGACAUCCACGAACCCUAUCCUAAAGCCGGGUACGCGAUGUCCGAGGGCUUGGCACCGUUCAAGAAAGAUCAGUUUGAGGGCUGCGUGUCGACGAUGUACGCGGCGACGUCGACGGAGAAGAGUGGCGAGUAUGUGUGUCCGCCGGCGGACGCGGAGACGGGGAGUCCGUUGGCGCAGGACGAGGGGUUGCAGGAGCAGUUGAUGAAGUUGACGCGGGAGGUGGUGACGGAGAAGACGAGGUCGGAGAGUGUGGAGAAGGGGUGCCCUAUGACGGACUACUAG